AGUCACUCAGGAAACUAUCCUCUCUCUGCCUGCAGCCUCUCACAGCCUCUUCAACCUCCAGCAAGAAUCAUGGGGAGACAAAAGACGUACUUAGAUAAGCUGUCCCGGUUCUUCCAGAUCCGAAACCUGCUGCUUCGCCAGGCCCUGGCAGAGUGUCUCGGCACUCUCAUCCUCGUGAUGUUUGGCUGUGGUGCAGUGGCCCAGCUGGUGCUGAGCGGCGGAUCCCAUGGCAUGUUCCUCACAGUCAACUUUGCUUUUGGCUUCGCUGCCACCUUAGGAAUUCUGGUCUGCGGCCAGGUGUCAGGUGGACAUUUGAACCCUGCUGUGACCUUUGCCCUGUGCCUGCUUGGAAGGGAGCGUUGGAGAAAGUUCCCCACCUUCUUUCUCUUUCAGACAAUUGGUGCCUUUUUCGGCGCUGCUAUCAUUUUUGGCAUGUAUUACGAUGCCCUGUGGGAUCAUGAAGGUGCCUUUAAUGUGACGGGACCCAAAGCAACAGCUGGUAUCUUCGCCACGUACCCUGGAAAACAUCUCACGCUUGUCAACGCCUUCUUUGAUCAGAUCAUUGGCACAGCGGCUCUGAUUGUUUGUAUUCUGGCCAUUGUGGAUCCGUACAACAACCCCAUCCCACAAGGCUUAGAGGCCUUCACCGUGGGGUUUGUGGUUCUGGUCAUCGGACUGUCGAUGGGCUUCAAUUCUGGAUACGCAGUGAAUCCCGCCAGAGACCUCGGCCCGCGUAUUUUCACCGCCAUAGCUGGAUGGGGGGUUGACGUUUUCACGGUGAGAAACGGUUGGUUCCUGGUGCCCAUUUUCGCCCCGUUCCUCGGCACCAUCAUCGGCGUGAUGAUCUACCAGCUGAUGGUCGGCUUCCACGUGGAGGGGGAAGUGCGCGACCGCACACAGGGCACGGAGCAGGAGAACGUCCGACUCACCAACGUCACCUCGAACGACAACCCCAAAGAGACCAACAAAGAAAUGCACUGAACACGUCCGAGGCGCGCAGCCCAAAACGUGUGUGUAAAUACCGUCAGACGUGGCUGUUUUCUUUCCUGCCACAACUAUCACAACAUCUUUACGAUCAUCGGUGCAUCUCCUGAGAUAGCUGUGUUUGUGAAAUGAGGCCACUUUCUAUACAUAAUCAUGUGAUUUUCUGAGAUUGUAGAGGAAUGAUUGUGUAUGAUUAGAAGCACAGAAUUACAUUAAUUCUUGUAUAAAAAGAUUAAUAUUUGGAUCAUAGUAUCUAUAGCAGUCCAUUUUUUAACAGUAUUGUAUGUUUUGUACCAUUGUAACUUUUUUAUAGCUUGUUUUUAUAGAGUUUGACAUACUUAAUGGUAUAGCUGAUAUACUCAGACAGCUAGAUGUACUUGCGUCCACAGCAGUGUCUUUCUGGGAGUCCAGAUCCUUUCAGUGUUAACAAUUCAAUGCAUGAAAACCGUAAGGAUUUGGGUGAAUUUGAAUUAAAAAAAAAAAAAAAAUCAUCAUCUGUCAGAGUACUGUGUUGUUUCGAGCUGACAGAAGAUGGAGAGGCCACAUUCCUCCGACAACAUACUUUACUUAACCAUUGCUCUUUUAAAGCGGCUGUAUUUUUAUAUCACUAAACUCUCUCUACAUCCCAGAAAAAGAUUUGACACAGAAAGAUUUGAAUUAGACGUGAUCAGAUUACUCCAAUACUCCAAACUAUACUUGUAAUUUCAUGUUUGAAACUAGUGUUAACAAACCACAGUUACCUUGCAUAAAUCCUGAUAACAAUUAUUCCUGUUUGCUGAUGUGUUUAUAUCUUGACUCCAUGGUCGGGCAAGAAACUAGACUUUUGAGUGUCUGUACUGAGUAAGUGGGUUGAGUGGAAAUGCUUUUGUACUGAUACAAUAAAGUUCUUUUUUUUUAUUCUUGCAUGAAUGCA